GUACAUUAAGUGCACUACUAAUAGUAGGUGACUAUAUACAUAUAUAUAUCCCUAAGUGCAUUUGUUUCCUACAAAAAUGUUAUAUUAUCACUUUAUCCAUUAGUUAUAAUAAAAUGAAUUGGUUUCAUGGAUAUAUUUUAAUUAUUUUAUUCUAUUCAUCAAUAACUUACUGUAAAAAAACUACUAACUCUUAUGAUUAUGAUGAUGAAGAAGAAGAUAAUAAACGAUUCAAUUACUUAGAUUAUUCAUUACAAGAAGACAUGGUAAAAGGUGAUGAUUAUUAUGGUUCAUAUAAUAAUGAAGGACAACAACAAGGUAAUAGUGAACAAGGAUCUGAUGAUACAAAUACAAAUCACAAUGCGAAAAAUGAGAAUGAAGGGGAUGAGAAAGAAAAUAAUGCAGAUAAUUAUAAUUCUAAAGAAUCUGAUCAAUAUUAUGACACUAAUAAUUACGUUCCAGCUAAGCCUUAUCAAAAUGACUAUGGUUCAAAUUAUAACGAUAAUAAUAAUGAUAAUAAUAACGGUGAUGAUAAUGGUGAAGAUAAUAGUGAUGAUAAUAGUAAUUACGGUUAUGAUAGAAGAAAAUCAACGAAAAGCCCAUCGAAAAAAAAAUCAAGUCAUAAAAACGAGAAGAAUUACUAUUCUACUGAAUCAGAUGAUAAUGGUAAUAAUGAUGAUUAUUAUAAACCAAACCGUGAUAAAUAUUAUUCAUAUAAUGAUAAUAAAAAUGAUGAUGAAGAAGUGAAUACAAAUGACAACUAUGGAUAUAGAAGAAAAACGAAAGGAAAAACACGAAAAAAUAAACAUCAUAAAGAACCAGAUGAAACAGACGAGAGUGAUGCUAAUAAUGAUGAUUCACACAAAAAGUAUUCAGCAAGUUAUACACGAGACAAACAUCCAUCAAAGAAAAAACACUCAUAUAAUAAAUAUUACAGACCCAAGAACAAUGUUGAGGGUGAUGAUGAUGAUAAAAAUAAAGAACACAAUGAUAAUCAUAGGAAAAAAUCUAAAAAAGUAUCCAAGCGAAAGAGAAAAUACACAAAGAAUAAUGACGAAAAUGGUAGUGAGGAUAAUGAUAAUGAGGAGAAUGAAUAUCGUAGGAAAUAUAAGCCAGUUAAUAGGCGAAAAAAAAAGAAUUCAAAGAGAACUACUCAUAAGCGUAAAAACGACGAAUCAGAUGCCGACGACGAUGUCUCACAGAGGAGAUAUUCUAAAAAGUAUUCUAAUAAAUAUAAAUAUGAUAGUGACAGUGAAAAAGAUGAUGGUAAUGAUGAUACUAGUUAGUAAACAGGUGACGACAGACAGUAAUUAAUUAGAUAUCAUAAUGACAAAUUUAAUAUUUAAAAAAUGAUUUUUUUUUAUCAAAACAAUAAGCAAUUAUUUCCUUUUUUUUUGAUAAGAUGAAGUGAGAAGAGCAGUGUAAUAAAAAACCUUUUACUCAAGGACAUAAAACUAUAAUAUUUAGUUUAAUGUACUCUAAGCAAUUUAAUAAAAUCAUUAUACAACAAUAAACAUCAACUGUUGUACACUUUUUUAAUUUUACCCAGUAGUAACUACUCACAUGUUCUAUUACAGUAAGAGUUAAUAGAAAUUAAAAGAAAUCAAAUAUUGCCUUGUCUUAAUUUGGUACUGCUUAACAAUAAACAUUGAAGCUAAGUAAACAUCAGUUAAUAUCGAUAGCAAGUAUUCCACUCAUCAUUUUCUAGGUCAUUAUAUAUGUGUAUACGUGAUUUGUAUUCGAGCUUUAAUUGUUCCUACGUGAAUAGGUAUAUGGGUAUCAAGUUGUAUUUGAUUUGAAAUACGAAUUUCAAAGGUUACUUAUUGACUGUUUCUAUGAGUUAUUCAGCUACAGAUAUGUAAUAGCUUCGAUUAAAUUAAGA